UAUCUUAAUAAAAACAGAAAACCAAAACCGGUUAUUUCCGAGUUGAUAUCUUCUUCCUCGUCUUCUUGUUAAGCUACUCUGUAGUACAGAGAGAACAAAACAGAGAAUUAAAGAAUCGAUUUAGACCAAAUUGUAUGUGAUUCGUUCGGACAAGAAGCGAUGAUGAGGGGAUCUCGGUUUCUCCUCUCUCGCGCUUCUCUGUAUCACCGUCUUCGCUCUGAUCAUCACCAUCACAGUUUCUCCAGUUUUAUCAAACGUAGCUCAAUUCAGAGAUCACCAGCUAUCAAUGCAUUCUUCACCGAUCCAUCUCCAUCUCCAUCUCCAGUCAACGCACGAGUCUUCUUCUUCUCAACUUCAACUUCAACUCCAAAUCAAGAUCAAACCAAAACAGCAUCAUCUAAGAAGAUCCUCCGCACGAUUUCAAGCUAUCUAUGGAUGAAAGACAACCCAGAACUCCGAUUCAGAGUCAUCGCUGCUUUAGCGUGUCUCAUAGGAGCUAAGUUCUUGAAUGUUCAAGUUCCUUUCCUCUUCAAAUUAUCUAUCGAUUUACUCUCUUCAUAUUCAUCUUCAACAAUCACUGAUUCAAAUCCUUAUCUACUUGCUGCUUUCGCUACUCCUUCUUCCGUUCUCAUUGGCUAUGGCAUUGCUCGAUCUGGAUCUUCAGCUUUUAACGAGCUUCGUACUGCUGUUUUCUCCAAAGUAUCUCUCCGCACAAUACGAUCUGUUUCUCGUAAAGUGCUCUCGCAUUUACAUGAUCUUGAUCUUCGUUACCAUUUGAAUCGAGAAACAGGAGCUUUGAAUAGAAUCAUUGACCGUGGAAGUCGCGCGAUUAACACGAUCCUCUCUGCUAUGGUUUUCAAUGUUGUUCCAACGAUCUUGGAGAUAUCAAUGGUCACAGGUAUAUUAGCAUACAAUUUUGGACCUGUUUUUGCUUUGAUCACUUCUCUUUCCGUUGGAUCAUACAUAGCUUUCACAUUGGUUGUGACACAGUAUAGAACUAAGUUUAGAAAAGCUAUGAACCAAGCUGAUAAUGAUGCAAGCACAAGAGCUAUUGAUUCUCUUGUAAACUACGAGACUGUUAAGUAUUUUAACAACGAAGAUUACGAAGCGAGAAAGUACGAUGAUUUACUCGGAAGAUAUGAAGAUGCUGCAUUGCAAACUCAGAAGAGUCUUGCGUUUUUAGAUUUUGGACAGAGUUUUAUAUUUAGUACAGCUUUGUCAACAUCAAUGGUGUUGUGUUCUCAAGGGAUUAUGAAUGGAGAGAUGACAGUUGGUGAUUUGGUGAUGGUGAAUGGUCUUCUCUUUCAAUUGUCUCUUCCUCUUUACUUUCUCGGUGGUGUUUACCGUGAAACCGUUCAGGGUCUUGUUGAUAUGAAAUCAUUGUUCCAGUUGCUAGAGGAGAGAUCCGAUAUUGGAGAUAAAGAUACAGAGACAAAGCUACCUCCUCUUGUUCUGAGAGGUGGAAGCAUCAGUUUUGAGAAUGUACAUUUUAGUUAUCUGCCAGAGAGAAAGAUUUUGGAUGGGAUUUCAUUUGAGGUACCGGCAGGGAAAAGUGUAGCGAUUGUUGGUAGUAGCGGAAGCGGCAAAUCGACGAUUCUUAGAAUGAUUUUCAGGUUCUUUGACACAGAUUCUGGUAAUGUUAGGAUUGAUGGUCAAGAUAUAAAGGAAGUGACACUAGAGAGUCUUCGAAGCUGCAUUGGAGUUGUCCCUCAAGAUACUGUGCUCUUCAAUGACACAAUAUUUCACAACAUUCACUAUGGAAACCUUUCAGCAACAGAAGAAGAGGUGUACGAUGCAGCUAGGCGAGCAGUGAUUCACGAUACGAUCAUGAAAUUUCCGGAUAAAUAUUCGACCGCGGUGGGAGAAAGAGGGCUGAUGCUGAGUGGUGGAGAAAAACAAAGAGUGGCACUUGCUCGUGCCUUUCUGAAAUCACCAGCGAUUCUCUUGUGUGACGAAGCAACGAAUGCGCUUGAUAGUAAAACCGAGGCAGAGAUAAUGAAAACGUUCAGGUCGCUAGCGAGUAACAGAACAUGCAUUUUCAUUGCACAUAGGCUGACCACUGCGAUGCAAUGUGAUGAGAUAAUAGUAAUGGAGAAAGGGAAAGUGGUGGAAAAAGGGACACACCAAGUGUUGUUGGAGAAAUCUGGCAGAUACGCUAAAUUAUGGACACAACAAAACAGUACACUGGAGGUGUGAAUCUCAAGAGCUAGACAGCUAGUGUUUGGGUUCUGUUUUCGCCUCACUAAUUCUUUUUUUUUGCUGACUUCCCUUAUUUUUGGAAUCAUAUAUUUGCAAAUAUCAUUGAUGGUACUUUGUAGCCUUGUUACAAAAAAUAAAACAUAUUUGUAACCUUGGGAAAAUCAUUUAUAGUCGUAGAGGUACCAAACCGAUUUUUUCAAUUACCUUUUGA